ACGUGUCCUCGGGGAGUGUGUGUUACUCUAGGAGCCUGUCGGAGGGGGAAUAUGGUCCACAGCCGAGCACGCGCGCACGGGGGCCAGUGAGAGCGCGAGAGAGAAAGCAGAGCGACCAGCUCUCCAGCAGGCGCCUUUUUUAUUUUCACGACAGCAGCUGGGAGAAGCGCGCGAGGGGAGCUCCACGCUGCGCUCGCUCAACUUUCGGUGAAACGGCAGCGCGAGCCUCUACGCGCGUCUACGCUGGAGCGAGCGGAGGAUCGUCCGUCCGUGCGCGCGUGUGAGGUGGGAAGAAGAAAGUUUGAGCACCUGGGAGAAAACCUAUGUGGACACAACAAGAACAAACCAAAAUCCUCCCAGACAGAGACCACAGUGAGGUUCAAACCCACAACCAGCAGAGACACUACCUGCUGCAUCACUACCACGCCACCCAGAUUUAACCUUCUGAACAGUGACUGACCAGCUUCUGUGGGAUUUGAUGUCACCUUUAGAUCGGUCUGACUGAAGAUGGAAACCCUGGAGUCCGAGCUGACCUGCCCGAUCUGCUUGGAGCUGUUUGAGGACCCCCUGCUGCUGCCCUGCGCUCACAGCCUGUGCUUCAACUGCGCCCACCGCAUCCUGGUCUCACACUGCUCGAGCACCAAGCCACUUGAGUCUGUCUCCGCCUUCCAGUGCCCCACCUGCCGCUACGUCAUCACGCUGAAUCAGCGCGGGCUGGAGGGCCUCAAGCGCAAUGUGACGCUGCAGAACAUCAUUGACCGCUUCCAGAAAGCCUCCGUCAGCGGGCCCAACUCGCCCAGCGAGAGCCGCCGCCCGCGGCCCUACAGCGCCACUCUCGUUGGCGGAGGUGGGAGCGCGCGGUCAAGCCCGGCCGCAAACGGCAGCGUCGGUGGCAUCAUGUCGGCCGAGCAGCGAGUGGCCUGCCAGUUCUGCGAGCAGGAGCCUCCGAGGGAGGCUGUCAAGACAUGCGUGACGUGCGAGGUGUCGUACUGUGACCGGUGCCUGCGCGCCACGCACCCCAACAAGAAGCCCUUCACCAGCCACCGGCUGCUGGAACCUGUGGCUGAUGCCCACCUGCGCGGCCUGGCCUGUCUCGAGCACGAGAACGAGAAGGUGAACAUGUACUGCGUGGUGGACGACCAGCUCAUCUGCGCCCUGUGCAAGCUGGUGGGGAGGCACCGCGAGCACCAGGUCACCUCCCUCAGCGAUCGAUUCGACAAGCUCAAGGCUUUUCAAGUGAGCCCUGGCAGACUAUCUGAAGCAGUUAUGGAGGCAUCAAAGACAAGCGCCGCGCAAACCCUGGAGAAUAACUUGACCAAUCUGGUGAAGAGGAACAGUGAAUUGGAGAACCAGAUGGCUAAACUCAUCCAGAUCUGCCAGCAGGUGGAGGUAAACACAGCCAUGCAUGAGGCCAAGCUGGUGGAGGAGUGUGAUGAGUUGGUGGAGAUCAUUCGCCAGAGGAAACAGGUCAUCGCCGUCAAGAUCAAAGAGUCCAAGGUGAUGAAGCUCCGAAAGCUGGCUCAGCAGAUCGCGAACUGCAGGCAGUGUCUGGAACGUUCCAGUGCCCUCAUCACCCAGGCGGAGCAGAGUUUAAAAGAGAAUGACCACGCCCGCUUCCUACAGACUGCCAGAAACGUGGCCGAGAGGGUUGCCAUGGCCACCGCCUCCUCGCAAGUUCUCAUCCCAGAUGUCAAUUUGAAUGAUGCCUUUGACAAUUUUGCCCUUGAUUUCUCCCGAGAGAAGAAAAUCCUGGAGGGGCUGGAUUACCUAACAGCCCCUAAUCCACCAUCUAUACGAGAUGAGCUGUGCACAGCUUCCCACGACACCAUCACCGUGCACUGGACCUCCGAAGAUGAGUUCAGCGUCACGUCUUACGAGCUACAGUAUACCAUCUACACAGGCCAGACCAACUUUAUCAGUUUGUACAACUCAGUGGACAGUUGGAUGAUCGUGCCGAACAUCAAGCAGAAUCACUACACUGUGCAUGGCCUCCAGAGCGGAACCCGCUACAUCUUCUUCGUCAAGGCAAUCAACCAGGCGGGCAGCCGCAACAGCGAGCCGGCACGUCUCAAAACCAACAGCCAACCUUUUAAACUGGACCCAAAAACAGCCCACAAGAAGUUGCGCCUGUCCAACGACUGCCUGACCAUGGAGAAAGACGAGAGCUCCCUGAAGAAGAGCCACACUCCAGAGCGCUUCAGUGGUACGGGCUCGUAUGGUGCUGCCGGCAACGUCUUCAUCGACAGCGGCUGCCAUUACUGGGAGGUGCUGCUGGGAGCCUGCACGUGGUACGCCGUGGGCGUGGCUUACAAGUCAGCCCCGAAGAACGAGUGGAACGGCAAGAACUCGUCGUCGUGGGUGUUCUCACGUUGCAACAACAACUUUCUGGUGCGACACAACGGCAAGGAGAUGCUAGUGGAGGCAUCACUGCAGCUGCGGCGGCUGGGCGUGCUGCUGGACUACGACAACAACGCCCUCUCCUUCUAUGACGCCAUGAACUCGCAGCACCUGCACACGUUUGACAUCUCCUUCCUGCUUCCCGUCGCCCCCACCUUCAUGAUCUGGAAUAAGUCAGUGAUGAUCCUGUCUGGCCUGCCUGUGCCCGACUUCGUGGACUGCCCCGAGCAGCAGGACGGCAGCUGUCGUCAGCAGGAGUCGCCGUAUAGCUCGGGACUGAAGGGCUGCAACUGAGUCCUACAGCUCCUACUGAGUUCUGGAAACUCUCCUUCCUCCUGAGCCCAAGGGUUCCUUUACUUCCCUCUUCUUGCUUCCUCUGAACUCCUCUGAGGUUCAGCCUCACUGCAAGCCCUCAUGUUUGAUAGUAGUAGGUGCUCUGCUUGGUUUGAAAGAUUUGCUUAGUUGCCCCUGAUAAAUUGAUCAUUGAUUUGAUUGCAUUGUCACAGACAUUGGACGUUAGACGUUGCAUUGGGUGACAAGUAGUCUCUGAGUGAAAGAUCUCUAACGGAAACUCUAACGGUUUAUUUAGGGGGUGAAAUCUUAUGUAAAUUAUUUAUGACUAAUAAGUUGGUUUGCUUUUUUUGUCAGUUUUAAUGUAUCCAUAAAAGCACUUUUUAGAUUGAACUUAGUGCCCCUGCGUGUAAAAAGACUUGAUUUUGGGACAGGGCUGGACAUCCUUUGGAUAGAAUAGAGUGGAUUUAUCUUCUAUAGAAAAAAAUGGAUAUGAAUAUGAUGAUGUUUCUACUGAGGUUAACAUUGAUUUCUCUUGACAAAGCUAAAACUCACAAUUUUUCAUAUUCAGGGAGAACAAGGUGAUCCUUUUCUUUGCGUUUUCGUCUGGACAUUUAUGGCAUGAUAUGUAUUUCCUCUGUGAUUUGUUCCCACGCUAUUUGGUUUCUUGUUUUUUUUUCCCGUUUUAGUGAACAGCAUGAUGGUCCCACUGGUGAUUCUAGACAUGUAUCUAUACAAAUCCUUAUAGUAUGUUUUAUUGUAAAACAAAAACCCAUUUGUGGAUGUUUCCCACCCUUUACAUUCAAAACCCACUGUGGGUCUCCCACAUACAGACUCAGACAGUUGAACAGCUAAAAAGAGGAUCAGAAUAGUACAUUUUUAUUUUAUUUCAUAUUAUUUGUACUAGAACAGUACGUUUUGUUUUGAUAUCUUGGUUUCUGGCAUUUCAUUAGGCCUGUCUUAGAUAAAUAAACACACUUUCCAAUGACCACCCAAAGCAGAUCUGGAAGCUCAAGUACUAAAUCUUUCUCCUAAGCCCAUAAUCCAUCAGAUUUAUUUAUUUAUUUCAUUAGGGUUUUAUGAGUUUUAUGAGUUCACACCUCGUAUACGAUUUUCCUCAGUACAACAACAUUCAGGGAGGAAUCGGGUGGGUCGUCGUGAUGCAGACAAUCAGUUGUACUAAUGAGGGCGAACAAGAAAAGAGUUUGUGUAGCAAGGCGAUGUAUAUUUGCAAUAUUGUGUUAUAUUUGGGAUCCUCCAUGAAACAGAAGAACUGUGUGCAUCCAUCUGAACUCUCACCAUCUCUCCCAUCCAACUGUAUCCUUUGUCCUUGUGAAGGAUGAGGAGUAGACAUACUACUGAUGCCACUGUCUGUCUUGCCGCAGCUGAAGCCACAUAUCAGCGGGGGUCUCUCUCUCUCUCCCUGUCUGCCUGUCUCAUCCUCUUUUUGUCUCUCUGACCCCAUGUCCCUUCAGCUGAAUGGGCACCUCAUUUCCCUUCAUUUUUCUCUUUUAGACUUUUUUGUACUUUAGUCUUAUUCUAAAUCACAAAGCAUGAUUCUGAACUAUUGGACCAGCACAGCACUGAUACAAACCCCUCAUUUAUUCCCAUUAGACAGUAGUUUCAGUCCAAAGCCUAGGCUGCAGACCAGAUAGGGCAGGACAUUGGUAGGACUGUCCUAUGAAGAUUCCUUCCUGGCAGCCUAUUGGUCACACAUAUAGAGCAUUGUAACCAGACUGUGUGAUGUCACUAGAAAGGUCGCACAUCUUGCAUGUGUGAUGCAAAAUUGUGCAAUAACUGAGAAACAAAAAAAUCAGUUUCUCUGACUUUGCUAUUUAUAGGUAUAUAUGUAUGAGUAAAAUAAACAUUGUUGUUUUAUUCUAUAAACUACAGACAGCAUUUCUCCCAAAUUCCAAAUAAAAAUAUUGUUAUUUACAGCAUUUAUUUGCAGAAAAUGAGAAAUGGCUGAAAUAACUAAAAAUAUCUUACAGAGCUUUUAGACCUCAAAUGCUGCAAAGUAAAAAAGUUCAUAUUCAUAGAGUUUCAAGAGUUCAGAAAUCAAUAUUUGGUGGAAUAACCCUGUUUUUUCAUCACCGUUUUCAUGUAUCUUGGCAUGUUCUCCUCCACCAGUCUUACACACUGCUUUUGGAUUACUUUAUGCCACUCCUGAUCUGGUGAAAAAUUCAAGCAGUUCAGCUUGAUUUGAUGGUUUGUGAUUAUCCAUCUUCCUCUUGGUUAAAUUCCAGAGGUUUUCAAUUUGGCAAAAUCAAAGAAACUCAUCAUUUUAAGUGGUCUCUUAUUCUACAUAUGCAGAGAAUUGUGGGUAAGCAAAUGCCAGGAAGGAUAUAUAGGUUGCGGCAGCAUUGCUCAACUGUAUAAUAAGGGUUCUUCAAUUUGGAAUCAGGGAUGUGUAUUGGCACAAACUUGCAAUACAAUACGUAUAAUAAUACAGGGGUUAUGAUUCAAUUCAGCAUAUUGUGAUAAUAUAAGUAAAGUGAUAUAUUGUGAUUGUUAAAAUCAAAUUUAAAAAAGCUAAAAUAGUCUAAAAUAUAUACAGUGGGAUCUAACCACAGAGUGUAGUGCAAUCUAGUGGUCAUGGUUUAAACACAAUAGUGAACCACUGUCUGACACCAAUCUUUACAUGGUAAUAAAUAAUUAAAAAAAAUUGAAAAUUGAUACAGUAUUGCAAAACUAAAUAACUGAGUAUUUUUUUUUUACCUUUUUUGGCUCAGAGGUUGAAACAUGCAGCUCACCCCGGCUGCAGCCUAGGCUUUGGGUCUUGUAUCAGCUUAUAUUAUGGUUUUCUAUGUCAAACAGUAGGCCAUGGCUUCUGUCAGGUUUUUAUCAGUACUCAUGGAAAUGUACAGGAGAUAUGGCUUACAGACACGAUCUAAAUGCAAUAUAAACAGUUGUAGAGCCCAUUUAUCACCAAUAGAGUAGAACAACUAGAGCCCUUGUUUUCUCCUGUAUCAGAUACAUACAUAAACCACACCCAGCCAUAUUACAUAAAAGGGCUCAGCCAGCUUUCAGCUGUCCUGCAUUUCAUGCUUUACACUACAGCCAGCUGGAUAACGGCACAGUGGACCACACACACAAACACACAUACAUACACGUAUACUUACGAAAGCAAUACUCCUACUGGCUUUUGAACAUGACCAGUUUGUUUCUAGCAGACAUUGCAGGAAAAAUGAAAAAUCUGUGGGAACGUCUUUGUCUAGUUUUCAGGAUUGAUUUGAAAUCCGUGGACGCAACAGCGUCACAUUUCAGGAUCUACUCGGGGUCAGGAAAUUGAGAGCUUUGGAAAAGGAUUUUUUUUGGUUUUCCGAGUCGCUCAAGUCUUACUUAGAGGCUGUUGAUCUUUGAGCUCAUCUGACAAGUUCAAUCCAUUUGUUCGAGUGUGCUUCACUGAGUCCCAGCGCGACAUUCCGACCCCAGGUGGAAUCACCUCCUUCUAUGUCCUGUGCUAUUCCGUGUUUUAUACGAAGCGUUCAAAGCGCAGCGUAGUUACCAUUGAUGAUCGUGUGUUUCUGCAUAUCAGGUUUACAAUUCGCUGUGCAUUUCAUUCAGCUUAAGACGACAGACUGACGAACUCUUUACGUUUCCAUUGUUCAGUGAUCUUCAUCUUCAGUAAAGAGAAACGACGGCACUUUGCUACCUUCAGUCUUUAUUAAAUGAUCAAACACUAGUGUGUUCAUCAUAACGCUUCUGUUUCAAUAGAUCUAUGAAUUUUAGCAAGAAAAGAAUGUAAAUCAUAGGGGGAAAUAUUAUAUAAAAUUGUAUAAUAAACAAAUAUAUAUAUAAAUAGAAAUAUUGUUAUUUAUGUGAGCUGAAGUCCAAUUAAAAGUCUGAUCCUGAACA